UGACAAGGUAGGGGGUAUACAGAAGAUAGCCCUAUUUGACAAAAGACCAAGUCCAUAUUAUGUCAAGAACAGCUCAAAUAAGCAAAGAGAAAUGACAGUCCAUCAUUACUUUAAGACAUGAAGGUCAGUCAAUGCAGAAAAUGUCAAGAACUUCAAGUGCAGUCACAAAAACCAUCAAGUGCUAUGAUGAAACUGGCUCUCAUGAGGACCGCCACAAGAAAGGAAGACCCAGAGUUAACUCUGCUGCAGAGGAUAAGUUCAUUAGAGUUAACUGCACCUCAGAUUGCAUCCAAAAUAAAUGCCUCACAGAGUUCAAGUAACAUUCACAUCUCAACAUCAACUGUUCAGAGGAGCCGUCAUGGUCGAAUUGCUGCAAAGAAACCACUAUUAAAGGACACCAAUAAUGAGAAGAGACUUGCCUGGGCCAAGAAACACGAGCAAUGGACAUUAGACUGGUGGAAGUCUGUCCUUUGGUCUGAUGAGUCCAAAUCUGAGAUUCUUGGAUUUUAACUGCCGUGUAUUUGUGGGAUGCAGAGUAGUUAAAAGGAUGAUCUCCGCAUGUGUGGUUCCUACCGUGAAGCAUGGAGGAGGAGGUGUGAUGGUGUGGAGGUGUGUUACUGGUGACCCUGUCAGUGAUUUAUCUAGAAUUCUUGGCACACUUAUUCAGCAUGGCUACCACAGCAUUCUGCAGUGAUACGCCAUCCCGUCUGAUUUGCGCACAGUGGGACUAUCAUUUGCUUUUCAACAGGACAAUGACCAAAAACACACCUCCAGGCUAUGUAAGGGCUAUUUGACCAAGAAGGAGAGUGAUGGAUUGCUGCAUCAGAUGACCUGGCCUCCACAAUCCCCCGACCUCAACCCAAUUGAGAUGAGUUGGACAUCAGAGGGAAGGAAAAUCAGCCCACAAGACUGUUGGAAAAACAUUACAGCAGGUGCUAGCAGUUCCUUUACUGACGUUAACUUCAAACGCAAGCCUUCGUUUCUGCCUCAGGAUGAUCUCAAGCACCUGGUGCUCACGGCUGCAGAUGGGUUCCUGUUCGUGGUGAGUUGUGACAGGGGGAAGAUCCUCUUUACCUCAGAAUCCGUCUCCAAGUUCCUCAACUACAGUCGGUUGGAACUAAUUGGACAGAGUCUUUUUGAUUAUGUCCACCCGAAGGACAUUAGUAAAGUGAAAGAGCAGCUGUCAGCCUCAGGAUUAUACCCUCGUGAACGGCUCAUAGAUGCCAAAACAGGGUUACAGGUGCAGGACCUUCCUGUGGGAGCAGUUCAACUGUGUACAGGGGCACGGCGUUCCUUCUUCUGCCGCAUGAAGCACAGCAGAACAGUUAUGAAGACAGAAGACAAAACCAUCCAGCCCAGCAGCUCCAAGAAAAAGGAGUCUCAACGAUACUGCACUGUCCAUUGCACUGGUUACAUGCGGAGUUGGCCUUCCACCCAGCUGGAUGCUGAGAGUGACGAUAACGAGUUCUCCCAUCUGUCCUGCCUGGUCGCUGUGUGCCGCGUUCACCCUAACAAUGCCUGUCAGCCCUCACUAGAGGUCAAGGUCAAACCCACCCAGUUUGUCACUCGCUUUGCAAUUGACGGCAAGUUCACCUUCGUGGACCAACAAGCCACUACUGUUCUGGGCUACUUGCCACAGGAACUACUGGGGACGUCUUGUUAUGAGUACUUCCACCAGGACGACCUGCAACCCCUCGCAGAGACACAUAGGAAAGUUCUCCGCAGUAAAGAGAAGAUUGAGACCAGCUGCUACAAGUUCAAAACAAAACUUGGCUCCUUCGUCAUGCUUCAAAGUCAGUGGUUUAGUUUUAUAAACCCGUGGACCAAAGAAAUUGAGUUUAUUGUGUCAACAAACCGAGUUUUUGGACCCGGUCACACAGAAGCUGAACAGCCGAGCAGCUCCAAGCUGUUGGACGAAGAGAGCAAACAUACUAUCCUUAUCCCUGGCAUCUCCAGUGGCAUGGCCACUAUGAUCUACGCUGGCAGCAUAGGGACCCAGAUAGCAAACGAGCUCUUGGACUCCAACAGGGUCAAUUGUUCUCCAUCGAGUGAAACCUCCAGUCCCUUCUGUCCACCUCGGGACAGGUCUCCAAUGGUCUCCUCUCAUGCCAACAUGUCAAAUGAGGAGGUGACUGAUACAGUGAGCAAGCCUAGAUUACAGUCUGCUUCAAAGGGGGCCACAAACGCUGGCAGCAACACACAUAUGGACACAGCCCGUUCUCCCCCAGCAGAGAGCUCCCAGAUGGACCUGGACAGCAUGGUGGGACCAGGCCUCGGUAUCCUGAGCAACGACGAGGCUGCCAUGGCCGUCAUCAUGAGCCUGCUGGAGACUGAUGCCAACCUGGGGGACGCAGUAGACUUUGACAACAUGCACUGGUCUCACUAGCAGAGAUUCAAAUGCCAUGAAUUCAGGAGAAGAAUUUAGAUUCCAAUUCAAGAAUUGAAAAAUUAUAUUUAUUCUUAUCUACAUUAUUUCAUUUAUUUAUUUAAGCCUUUUCAAAGAGGAUUUCGUUCAAUUCCUGAAUUGGGAUUUUAAUUCACUUCCAGAACUUAAAUGGAAUUGACCACCAACUCCAUCAGUCCUUAACUCUGUAGUUUAUGGUUAGACAAACUCCAUCCAGGGACUAUUUUCAUGUGCUCCUCUACCAAGGAAACAGAUUUAUGUGCUUCUGAGGGACUUCUACAGCUCUCUGUUUAAGUUUCAGCAAGAGAAAUCUAGCCUGCGCUAAAACCAGCUAACUCUUUGGUGGCUUACACAGCUGGUUCAAUUGGUUUCAAUGUAACUGAAUGUGUACUAAAACCACCCGAGUUUGCCUAUAUCUGGGGGGAGGUCACAGAUCGAUAGCAGUUCGGUACCCUUGGGGUUCGCGCCGGUGUGAAAGUGAUCAACUCAAAUUCCAAGGUAGCGGACGGAGGCAUAGGUUAAUCAAUUACAAAGUAUAUUAACUCUGAACACUGAUCACUUGUGUGAAUAACUUGAAAUGAAACAUUACAAACGUGUCUUCACUCAAAUUGUCAUUGUCUAUUAUUACAAAGUGAAAUUGUAUAUUGUUCUGUCUUUUUGCUUUUGCAUUGUAGGCUUCUGUGUAGGUGUCUAUUGUAAAGACACCAGCAUUCCUUUUUCUGAAGUCACUCAAGAGGUAGAGCUGCUUCUCUUGAAAUGUUUUUAUUUACACUGAAACAGAACACCCUUAAGAUGCACCUGCAGGGAUGUAAUGGAGGCUAAACGCACAGAAACAACUUUUUAUUUUGUUGAAAGCAUUUACACAUGUAUUCUGCAACGUUGGCGUUUUUAGCAAUAGCUUGUGCUUUGCCUAUCCUAGAGGAACACAAUGGAAAUAAGCUCUCGGGCUUGAUUGUGUUUUGUCCUCAAUGGUUUUAAAUAUCUGUUCUUCAACUUUUUAAUGAUCAAAUAAAAUACUCACCGCCAGUCAUCACAACCAGCAUUCAGGUCUUACCCAGUUUAAUCCUUUUCCAUUACAUCCCUGUGCAUCUGCCUUAUACAAACACAUCCUAGUUUGUUUGAAAUGUGGAGGUGUGAAACUAAUCCAGACAAGGAAAAUAAUGCUUGCAAACAACCUUUUGAUCCUCGCUUCAUGCAAACUAUUACGAAAGCCUCUUUUAGUCCAAGAACUAAUCUCAAUACCGUGUCUGCCUUUGCUAUGAACAGAGCAUUACUUUCUGUCUGUUUGAACACCUUCCAAAUACUUAAAAUCCAAGUGCUUGAAAAUAAAUGAAGUCUGUGUUGCUGGAAUUCAAUCUAAAUGCACUGUACGUUUUGUUCUGCAAUUUUGGUUGGGGAACAAAAUGAGGGACAAAAGGGAGAAAUAUCAGUGAAUCCGUAAUGACUUGAAUUGUAAUGCCUGUGUGCACUCCUGCAGUGUUGAUUAUUAUACUUUUUGGGUGAGGGAAGAUCAUGGCUUCAUGUGCAAAGAAUCAAGUAAUCUGGCACAGAAAAGCACAUGAAUAAACUGCAUGUCAAACUUUGAUAUUCUUUGGCUCUGACCAAUGUAUCCAUGCAAUUAAACAUUAAAAACAAAUCUGAACCCAUUAACAAA